AUGGAUGAUAAGUUAGUAGAUGCUCAGAAAGAUCACCAGGGACAAGACGAUUCGUUGCAUAGAUUGAGCAAGGAGCGGGAAUUGUCAAGAAAUGGUACUUUAAAAUCCUCUGGGUCAAAAUUGAAAAGGUUAGUCACAUGGUCAAAUCCACAGCAUGCCCUAAUUUCAAAUGUUAAGUGUUCACAAAUUAGUAAAUGUUGCACAAAAAGUUCAUUGUUUCCAAGUGCUCUGGGCUUGGACAGAAGGAUUCCAAAACAUAUACUGAGCUUAGAUGAAAAAUUUCGUCGUCGUUGCAUGGAAUUGAUUCAUAUUAGUGCAUCCAAAGCUACCCGAUGCAGUGCAGUUGUGAAUUUGAGCUCGACAAAGAUUGGUGCUUUGCCUGAGAGCUUGAAUGUGGCUAAAGUUAGAAGUGGAGAUACAUGUAAUUCUACUAGGUUUGUUUUUGAAUGUCCAUUGGCAGCUGGAGGUGGGAGUGUAGUGAUAGGCCCUGCAGGACAGUGGAUUGUAGGUACAGUUAUGGGGAGCAAGAGCAUGGUGAAUAUAUUAAAGAGCCCUUUGUUCCACCAAUUCGGUCCCCUCGGUAGCAAUACAGACUUGACAAGAAUUAAUACAAAUGAUGUGAAAGGCUCAAUAUGCUAUGAUUUUACAGAAUCUCCUGGUGGAUUAAGUUUCUCUUCUUCACCGGUGCUAGAAAAGGAAACACCAAAUAAGGGAAGCCAUAAAAAUGGAUCUGAUACUGGCCACAAAAGGUUUGUUUCUCUGUGUAGUACAAACUCUGCGUGUUCUGAUCAAUCUUCUGCUUCUGCUCUCGCCACUGUUUCUCAAGGAAUGCUUCAAUGCACAUGGAAGGGAGGGAAUCCUCAUUUUGUUUUCUCCACAGAUCAAAAAAGGGAGGUCUAUGUAGCCAACUUGUGGAAGGUUGAGUCUGAAGAAGAUAAGACUCUGGACUAUGUAUACUUGUUCCAUUCAGGAAAGGGUGGGCAAAAGGACCAUGAAAUUCGAGAUGGUGAGUCACAGCUCGUUGGUAAGAUGAAAGUGAAUAAUUUGGUCUCGCUCUGCUCAAACAAUUCAAAGAUCAUGGAGACUGAGUUUGUUUUGUUUGGUGGUGGUAUUGAGAUGCAUACUUCUAGCCAUAAUCUCAGGAAGAGUAAGGGGUUAUCAAAGAAGGUGGCAGAAGUAUUCAGGUCAGGUCACUCGUCCAAACAAAAAACCUCCUCCAAAUUGAGUGGACCAAUUUCGAAACUUGAAAGUUCUUCUCGGGAGUCGUGCCUAGAUACAGGCAACAAUCAAGAUGCUCUAGGUCUGCCCAAUUUAUUAGAAGAUCAUCUCCCUCCAAAUUUUGAAUUGGCUGCCAUUGUUGUCAAAGACCAUCUCCCUGAUGAUCGUAAGGAGGAGGCUGGAGGUUGGGGUUUGAAAUUUUUAAAGAAAGUUGGAGUCAAGAAAACUGCUACUGUGGAAGCCUCAGUACCUAUCGAAUGUUGUCGAAAUAAUGGUGAUUGCUCUACCAGUAUGGAUGUUCUAAUCCCAGCAGGUCUUCAUGGUGGGCCAAGAACCAGAAAUGGUGGUGUUUCAAGUCUUACUGAAAGAUGGAGAUCUGGUGGACAUUGUGACUGUGGAGGUUGGGAUCUGGGGUGCCCACUCACAGUACUUCAAACCAAAUCAAGCAAAGAAGACAUUUUCCCUCAAUCGGACACUCAGGGCGAGUGCAAGUCAUUUGAUUUAAAUCGAAAGGGUUCAGAACAUGGCCCUCCCACAUUCAGGAUGUUGAAUGUCCACGAUGUCCUUCUCAAUUGCAGUAGCAAUUAUCCAUACACAGAGUCCCACUCUCCGACCAAAAUGUACAGGAGUUUUAAGUACCAAAAUCCAGGGUUGAAAUUUGUGUAG